GUAAAGUGGUUGGUGGUUUGCCGGAUGUUGUGACCAUAAUGGAAGACAAGACCCUGAAUCUGACUUGCACCGUGUUUGGUAGUCCUGAUCCUGAAGUGAUAUGGUUUAAGAAUGACAGGGAACUUGAACUGAGCGAUCAUUACAUAGCUAAACUGGAACAAGGGAAGCAUGCCAGUUUGGUAAUUAAGGGGGUGUCAUCAGAAGAUUCUGGAAAAUACAGCAUCAGUGUCAAGAACAAGUACGGGGGUGAGAUAGUCGAUGUCACCAUCAGUGUGUAUAAGCACGGGGAAGAGAUACCUGACGUUAAACCUCACUCAAGUGAUAGAGUAAGAGAGAUACCUGCGAAACCAGCUGAAUAAUCAUAACCGACAAGAAAUAUGUUGGAAAACGAGUGUGCUUGAUGAACAAAAGGCUUGAGAGAAGCUGUAGUUUUGUUUGUGUAGUAGUUCUGCAAAAGAAAACUGGCGAUGUUUAGGAGACAGUUAUGUGUUGUUGUUUUUCUGAAGGCUGCAUCUUGGUCUCUUUUUCUUAUAAUGCCAACUUAUAAUGCCAUCGCAAUUGGCAAUGACAUCACUCUGAAUAGGAGUGUCCCACGGCUUGCCAGGAAUAAUUACGGCAGCUGUCACGAGCGUCUACGUAUUUCGAUCAUGGUUCUUUCUAUCCAUGAAAUGCAAUGCUCUGUCAUGCAAAGUGGAAACCGGGAACUGCUUAGCUAUAGAUCAGGAACCCCACUUUUUAAUCUGAGCUGUGAACUCUUGUGGCUUUUUGUAAAACCCUGCUGAACUCAAAAUGCUGCAGCGAUGUCAACAAAUCCAGGACAGCAGCUGCAAAUAAAUCAGAGGAACUGAACAUGUGACCUUCUAAGUUAUCCUUUGUGGCAUUGCUGUUUUGUAGUGCAAGCAAAUCUUUAGUCAUACUUUACAAUCACCAUGGACUCAUUUAAACCAUAAGUUUCA